ACGUACCUGGUAGAUACAUGCGAGAGCUCCGCAGCACCUCCGAACACCACUUUCUUUUCCCUCUCACAUCUCUGCGACCACAGUCACAUCCUCCUCUCUGCUUCAUACUCUCCGAAUCGCCUGGAAGGUUCCAAUUUUGCCAGUAUUUUCCUUCAAAACAGAAUCAUGGCCGACACAACAACACCCGUCGUAAAAUUCAAGAAACGAGGCGCAAAAGCCGCUCCCCGCAAGGUCGCGCCACCACCUACGCAUUCCGACUCAGACAACUCUGCCUCCGAUUCAGAAGCCGACAACGAUGGAAGAGUGGUAAAGCGGCGCAAAGUCGCUGGCAAUGAACUCAAAGCUACCACAGCCAACGACACACGGCGAUCCGAAUUCGAGGGCAACACGACCAAAUUCGAGGCAAACAGAUCUGCCGUCAUGAACGACGAUGAAUUAAGCACACAAAAUCUCCUGGGGAACUCGCGUCUCGCUACCUCUGCCGCCGAAGACGUGCAAAAAGAAGUGCUGGGACCGAAAAGGCCUUCAAACGUGCGAGUCAUUACUCUAAUCGACUAUACCCCCGACACAUGUAAAGACUACAGGUUAACAGGCUUCUGCGGUUUCGGCGACAACUGCAAAUUCGCACACAUCCGCGAAGACGCCGCAGCAGGCUGGAAACUAGACAAGGAAUGGGAGCUCUCGGGCAACGGCAAAAAAGCCAGCAGCGGCGGCACCAUUGUAGCGUCGGCAAACCGCGACUCCAACACCGGCGAAAAGGACGAAGACGGCAUCGACAUUGCCGAAUUGGAAAAAAUCCCUUUUGCGUGCACAAUUUGCGAAAAGCCGUAUAAGAACCCUAUCAUGACGAAGUGCGGGCAUUACUUCUGCGAGGCAUGUGCGCUGAAGAGGUAUAGGAAGGAUCCGACGUGUAAGAAUUGCGGGGCGAAUACGUUUGGGACGUUCAAUGCGGCCAAGAAUGUGCAGAAGUUGCUGGAUAGGAAGAAGAAGUGGGAGGAUAGGAAAAAGGCAGAGGCUGAGGCGGCAGAGGAGGGUAAGAAAUGA